CCUACCCGACUUUUGUCUUUUGGUGGCCUUGAUUGGCCCUUGUAAUUAUCUUCUUUGUUCUAGAUUGAAAAUCAGAUAUUUUUUAAUGCGUUAAAUAAGUACUGAAAUAUCUGGGCAGCCAUUAAAGCUCAGUGAAUUCGGAGUUCCAGUGCACAAAUUCGGAGGCUUUAAAAAGAAGCAGCUCAGUUUUGCUUUUGUAUUAAAGUAGGCUUGUCCUUGUUUUAUGAGACAAAUGAAGAGGUGUCUUUGAGUAGCAAUUAAGAAAGGUAGGGUAAGCUGAGGUAAGCUCUUGAGUGCAGUGGUAUAGGAUUAGUUUGUGGUGUUUCAGAGCGAUUAAAAAAGCUUAAUUUGGUGGUUUGCUUAAUGAGUUAGGGCAGGGCGUUUGAGACGGUUACGCCCAGGGCUCAGAAAUAUUAGUUUUGUGGGGGAAACAUCCGAGCCCCUCUGAGUCGACAAGGUGCGCAUUGGGUUCAGUUUUGCCUAUCCGGCAAGAGGGUUUUUGCGUCGCAGUAGAAGAAUAGUUUCGUGAAGGGGAGUAAAAGGAAGGAUGCGAUGGCCUUCAUCACAGGCGUUGUUGUGGGUUUCAUUUUCGGAAUUGCACUUGUGGUUGCCUUUGUCCACUCGGAGAACACGCGAGCCAAACAGCGAAGCCAGAUGGCCACGAACAUUUCAGCUCUAUCAAAGUUAACAGUGGAAGAUGCAAGAAGGAUAAUUCCAAAAGAAUUCUUCCCGCCGUGGGUUGUUUUUUCCAACCUCCAAAAGUUAAACUGGCUAAACCAUCAGCUGACGGUGGUGUGGCCAUAUGUUGAUAAGGCAGCAUCUCAAAUGAUCAAAACAAUAGUUGAACCAACUCUAGAGCAAUAUAGACCAGCCAUUUUGGCUUCUCUCACUUUUUCAAAGCUUACCCUUGGUACUGUUGCGCCACAAUUCACAGGAGUUAAAAUUGUUGAAAGUAGUGACAAAGAAGUCAUUAUGGAGCUAGAAAUGCAGUGGGAUGGUAAUCCUAGCAUUAUCCUGGAUGUUAUGACCUUAAUCGGUGUGGGACUUCCUAUCCAGGUCAAGAAUGUGGGUUUCACUGGUGUUUUCCGGCUGAUCUUUAAACCUUUAGUAAAUGAGAUCCCAUGCUUUGGAGCUCUUACAUAUUCUUUACGGGAGAAGAAAAAGCUAGAUUUUACAUUGAAAGUUGUUGGAGGAGAUAUGUCAUCCAUUCCGGGAGUGUCUGGUGCCAUAGAGGAAACAAUAAAAGCUGCGGUUGAAGAUUCAUUGCUGUGGCCAGUGCGUAAGGUGAUACCCAUUUUGCCUGGGGAUUACAGUGAUCUAGAGUUGCGCACUGUUGGAAUUCUACAAGUAAAACUUGUGCAAGCAAAGGAUUUGCUCAACAAAGACUUAAUAGGAAAAUCUGAUCCUUUCGCAGUACUAUACAUCAGGCCAUUAAGGGAACGAAUGAAGAAAAGCAAGACCAUAAGCAACGACUUGAAUCCUAUCUGGAAUGAACAUUUUGAGUUCGAGGUUGAAGAUGUUGCUACACAGCAUUUAACUGUAAAGAUUUAUGAUGAGGAAGGGGUCCUCCAGGAUGCAGAACUCCUAGGUUGUGCUGAAGUGCAAUUGAAGGAGCUAGAACCAGGAAAAUUGAAUGAUGUAUGGUUACCUCUUGUCAAAGAUCUAGAAAAUAAAAAAAGGGACACUAAGAAGCGUGGUGAGGUGCACCUAGAACUUAUUUACCAUCUAUUCGGUAUGGAGAAUGGUUCUACUGGUUCAUUUGCAAUGGGAAACGAGCAAUUUGGAAUGACUUCUUUGGAGAAAGUUCUUACUAAUGGCAUGAACGGGCAAAGGCCUUUUUCAACUAGUUCCAGCAAAAGGAAAGACAUAAAUCGUGGUGUUCUCUCUGUGACAGUGAAACGAGCUGAGGACUUAACUGCAACAGACCUAAUGGGCAAAGCUGAUCCAUAUGUGGUACUUCAUAUGAAGAAAACAGAUGCAAAAAAGAAAACACGAGUGGUCUCCAAAAAUUUGAAUCCUGAAUGGAAUCAAACGUUUGACUUUGUUGUGGAGGAUGCCUUGCAUGAUAUGUUGAUUGUGGAAGUUUGGGAUCAUGACACAUUCAGCAAGGAUUUCAUGGGAAAAGUUGCAAUGACGCUAACAAAAGUUCUCCAUGAAGGCGAAUAUGAUAGUGAUUUUCUUCUGGAUGGAGUCAAAUCUGGGAGGAUAUUUUUACAUCUUAAGUGGACACCACAACCGAUUUCUGUUGGUGUACUCUAAUGAAAAUUUGGUCUUUGUAAUAGUUAAUAAAUAUGUAAAAUAUUAUUCUAGAUAUAGGGAUAGACUGUAGAAGCUUCAAAUUUAUUGAGUUCCAGAUCUUAUUUUCAUUGAAAUGGUUGAUUUGUUCUUGAAUGCCUUAAGAAUAAAAGAGUCUCUGCAAAUUCAACUA